AUGUGAGGCGACUUUGACCCUACAAAAGUGAAGAUGAUGUUGCUAUGGAAACUGCUGGUGCUGCAGUCACUUAUGGGGUGCCUUGCAGAGAGCAGUGUCCUGCAGAGUCCUGUCUUCACCAAGCAGCCUGGCAGCAUUGUGUAUCCUGUGGACUCUCUGGAGCGCAACAGAGAGGUAGUUUUCAGCUGUGAGGCCCAGGGAAGUCCACCUCCCACAUACAGGUGGAAACUGAAUGGCACAGAAAUCAAUCCCAAAUCUGGAUUGCACUACAGUCUUUCUGGAGGCAACCUCAGAAUCAGCCGUCUGAACAAAGACCAGGAUGCUGGAACUUAUCAGUGCCUCGCGUCCAACGCUUUUGGGACCAUCGUCAGUCGGGAUGCCAGCCUGACCUUUGCAUAUUUGGAAAACUUCAAGACUCACAGAAGAAGCUCUGUGUCGGUCCGUGAAGGUCAAGGAGUGGUUCUGCUGUGUGGUCCACCACCACAUUCUGGAGAUCUGAUAUUUUCCUGGAUUUUUAAUGAGUAUCCGACGUUUGUGAAGCAGGACACCCGACGUUUUAUCUCCCAGGAGACGGGGAACUUGUAUAUCUCCAAGGUGGAGCCUUCUGAUGUGGGCAACUACACCUGUGUGGUGACCAACACAGUCACAAAGACACGAGUCCAGGGCCCGCCCACUCCGUUAGUGCUGCGCAGUGAUGGUGUGAUGGGUGAAUAUGAGCCAAAGAUUGAAGUUCAGUUUCGAGAGGUUGUUCAAGUUGCCAAAGGAUCUACUGUCAAACUGGAAUGCUUUGCUCUGGGAAACCCGGUACCAUCUAUUAACUGGAGGAGAGUGGACGGCGUACCUUUCCCCAGGAAAGUGGACAUGAGGAAAGCUAGCGGCGUCUUGGAAAUCCCGUAUUUCCAGCCAGAAGAUGCCGGUGCAUACGAGUGUGUGGCAGAGAACUCCAGGGGCAUGAACACAGUCAAAGGGAAGCUCUCUUUCUACGCUCCUCCUCAUCUGAUUGAGAAACCUCAAGAUGUGCAGAAGCUGAUCGAUGACUCACUGGUGUGGGAAUGUAAAGCCACAGGGAAGCCAAAGCCUUCCUACAGAUGGAUGAAAAAUGGAGAGAACCUGGAGUCUGCAGAGGAGCGCCUACAGGUCGCCGGUGAUGGGGCGCUGUCCAUCAGCCGCCUGACGCUGUCGGACACGGGGAUGUACCAGUGUGUGGCUGGGAACAAACACGGCGAGGUUUACUCCAACGCAGAGCUCCGAGUCAUCGCUGUUGCCCCAGAUUUCUCGCACAACCAGCUGAGGAGCCAGACGCUGGUGAAAGUGGGAGGAGACACACUUAUCGAGUGCAAGCCCAAGAUGUCUCCUUGGGGUGCGAUCUCUUGGCGAAAGGACAGUGAAGCCCUCCAAGAAAGUAACAGGGUUUCAGUUCUGGAUAACGGGAACCUUCGCAUAUGGAAUGCCACCAAGUUGGACGCAGGUCUUUACACGUGUGUGGCCAGAAACCUGUUUGGCGUGGCCAGCAGCACGGGCAGCGUCACGGUGAAAGAACCCACCGUCAUUAUGACACUGCCCGCCACGCUGGACGUCACCGUGGGAGAGAGCGUGGUGUUGCCCUGCCAAGUCAGCCACGACCCGUCUCUGGACCUCAAGUUCACCUGGUUCUUCAAUGAGCAGCUCAUCCACUUUGGGACACAUGGUGGCUACUUUGAAAAAGUGGGCGGGCAGCAUUCAGCAGGAGACAUUAUGAUUCGAAACAUCCAGCUGAGGCAUGCUGGGAAGUACACGUGUGCGGUGCAGACGAAGGUGGACAGUAUUUCCGUGGCUGUGGAUUUGGUGGUCAGAGGGCCCCCGGGGCCGCCCACCAGCAUCCAUGUAGAUGAGAUCACAGACAGCACGGCCGCUCUGUCCUGGAGGCCCGGUCCUGAUAAUCACAGUCCAAUUACUGCGUACACCAUCCAGGCCAGGACGCCGUUCUCCCUGGGGUGGCAGGCCGUCACCACAGUUCCUGAGGUGGUGGGGGGCCACCGGCUGACAGCCACAGUCACAGAGCUCAGCCCCUGGGUGGAAUAUGAGUUCAGAGUCCUUGCCAGCAACUCCAUCGGGACCGGAGAACCCAGCAAGCCGUCCAAACAAGCACGGACAAAGGGGACCUCUCCAAAAGUCACACCGGCUAAUGUGAGCGGUGGCGGCGGCAGUCGUUCGGAGUUAGUCAUCACAUGGGAGCCUGUUCCAGAGGAGUUGCAGAACGGACCAGGUUUUGGAUACGUUGUGGCGUUUCGGCCCCAUGGAGCCACCGGCUGGAUGCAGGCUGCUGUGCCGCUGCCUGAGGCAUCCAGAUACAUAUUUAAGAACGAAAGCAUCCAGCCGUUCUCACCAUUCACCGUGAAGGUCGGGGUGUACAACAACGAAGGAGAGGGCCCUUUUGGAUCUGUUACCACAAUCUACUCUGCUGAAGAAGAGCCGGGGCGAGCGCCCACCAGGGUCCGUGCCAGGAGCCUGUCUGCGUCUGAGAUUGAAGUUGUGUGGAGAGCUCUGCCCUGGAAUGCCAGUAAGAGAGUGAUGGGCUACGAGCUGAAGUACUGGAGUAAAGGUGAAAGAGAAGACAUCGCCAGUGUGCAAAGGACCGUGGGAAAUCAAACGUCCACUGUUAUCCGUGAUGAAGGCAGCACCACGUACUACGUCUCGGUGAGGGCAUAUAACACCGCCGGAGCAGGGCCCGCCAGCGCUGCCGUCAACGUUACUACCAAACGUCAGCACCCCAGCCAGCCACCGGGCAAAGUGAUGUGGAAGACGGUUCCAACUCCACGAUAUCCUCAAAUGGGAGGCAGGUCAAUAGCCCUGGAGAAUGAGUCCGAGGUCACCGGCUACAAAGUGCUGUACAAGAAGAAUCGACACAGUCGUCCCAACGUGAUGGAAACCAACACCACCUCUGUGGAGCUGGCCCUGCCCACCGAUGAGGACUACAUCAUCCAGAUCAGGCCAUUUGGGGAAGGAGGGGAAGGCAGCAGCAGCAGACAGAUUACCAUCCCAAAGAUAGCAGGACCCAACGCAGUGGGUUCAGCAUCCAAGGUCUCCACUCUGUCAGCGCUCAGCACAAUAGCUCUGUCUUUCACAGCGCGGACGUCUUUAUGACACACGGCUCCCAGCAGGCGCUGCGCCUAACGAGUCCGGCACAGCAAACAUGGCCCACUCUGGUGUAGCUCGACCCAUUCAUUUAGGUUUUAGAGGCUGAGGGGAAAAAAAACACACCGCUGAGACAACGGGGAGGCGGAGUCUGCUCAGCACCCAGACUAAAGACGGGAGAUUGAACGAUGUCUUCACGAUGUUGUUACCAAAGCAGCUUUCAUAA